CUCCCUCUCUCUUUCUCUCUCUCUCUCUCUCUCUCUCUCUCCUCUUUCUUCCCCCGUCAGUCAGGAGUUUUCCAGAGCCGUGAGGAGCAGCGACUGACAGGACGGGUGUGAGGAAGCAUCAGCGGCUCUGCAGGUCGGACAGACGCUUGAAGAGAAGAGAAGAGUUCAGCCAACGGUUCAUCUGCAAAAACUGAAUCUAAAUGUUCUGAGUACUAUAAUAAAAUACCUUCUCGUUCACAAACAAAACAUCAUCUGUUGAUUUUGGAGGUGUUCCUCCCUUUAAACAUGGCGUUUGUAUUGCCUUUCCUCCUCCUGCUUCAACUCUCGAUCAAGACGGGAGCUCAGCGCGUCUCCAGUGAUCUCAGAUCCCAGCCUAUUAGAGUUGUUAUUUCAGAUUCAUGUGCGCAGAAUGAGGCCAGAGAGAGAGAGAUGGACUUGGACCCUGAUUCUCCUCUGGUCCUGACCCAUCGGAUCCGUCUGCUGCCCGGAUCAGGCUCAGGUUGUGGUCAGUGCGACGUGGACUUUGCAGCCUUGCGUGAGCGUAUUGAAAGACUGGAGAAGGAGGUGUCGGAUCUGAGGCAGAAAUGUGGAGGUCUGGACGGAUGCUGCACCUCCCAGCAGAGCAAAGGUGCGGUCUGUACCACCGCUGGUCCCACGACUGAUGAGUGUCCAGAUGACUGCAGUGACCAGGGUCGCUGUGUCGAUGGGAAGUGUGUGUGUUUCUCAGGAUUCAGUGGGCCGGACUGCAGUAUCCCAGACUGUCCUGAUGACUGCAGCAGCUGGGGCCGGUGUGUGAACGGACAGUGUGUGUGUGACGCAGGCUUCAGCGGUCCGGACUGCUCUGUAAAAACAUGUCCGGAUAACUGCAGCAACCGCGGACGGUGUGUGAAUGGGAAGUGUGUGUGUGACGCAGGCUUCAGCGGUCCGGACUGCUCGUCCAGCACGUGUCCCGGGAACUGCAAUAACAGGGGCCGCUGCGUGAACGGCAGGUGUGUGUGUGAGGCUGGGUUUACCGGCCCUGACUGCGGAACACGGAGCUGUCCGGAGAACUGCAACAACCGGGGACGCUGUGUGAACGGAAAAUGCGUGUGUGACUCUGGAUUCACGGGUCAGGACUGCUCCGAGAGGUCCUGUCCGGGGAACUGCAACAACCGGGGGCGCUGUGUGAAUGGAAAAUGCGUGUGUGACUCUGGAUUUGAGGGUCCGGACUGCUCCGAGAGGUCCUGCCCAGGGAACUGCAACAACCGGGGGCGCUGUGUGAACGGACAGUGCGUGUGCGAACCGGGCUUCUCUGGGCUGGACUGCUCUGUAAAAACAUGCCCAGAUAACUGCAGCAACCGCGGACAGUGUGUCAAUGGGAAGUGUGUGUGUGAGAGCGGCUUUACUGGACCGGACUGUGCGUCCAGAUCCUGUCCUGGAGACUGCAGUAACCGGGGCGUGUGUGUCGACGGCCGGUGCGAGUGUGAGAGCGGCUUCACUGGACCCGACUGCUCGUCCCAGGCUUGUCCCAGUAACUGCAAUAACAAGGGCAGAUGUGUGAAUGGGAAGUGCGUCUGUGAUGUGGGCUUCUCCGGUCAGGACUGCUCCAGCAAAACCUGCCCCAACAACUGCAGUAACAGGGGCCGCUGUGUGAGGGGCCGCUGCGUGUGUCGUCGGGGUUUCACGGGGCCCGACUGCAGCGAGUGUCAAGCUGGGUUCACUGGGGAAAACUGUGAUGUCGCGCUGGCGGGCGUCUCUCGUCUCAGCACCAGGGACAUCACCGAGUCCUCCGUCACGCUGUCCUGGACUCCAGCGGCUGUGCAGUACGACACCUACCACAUCAGCUUCACCAGCACGAAAGAAACUGAGCAGAAAAUAAGCUCCAGAAUCAGCGGCACACUGAACACGUACACUCAGGUCGGACUGGCCGCUGGACAGCAGUACAUGGUCAGCAUCACUGGAGAGAAAGAUGGCGUGAUGGGAACAGAGAGCACAACGCAAUUCACCACAUUGAUCUCUGGGCCAAAAGACUUGCACGUUGUGAAGACAAGCACUACAUCAGUCGUUGUCCAAUGGGAGAAGGCGCAGGGGGAGAUUGACAGGUACGUCCUCUCCGUUGCACCCAAUCAGACAGAUGGAUCCGGCAGACUUCCAGAGUUAAACCUGCCUCCGGAGAGAGAUUCGGCCCAGAUCGAUGGCUUGCAGGCGGGCCGCUUGUAUGACAUCUCGUUAGUGGCGGAGAAAGACGGCGACCAGAGCCGGCCAGCAACCGUACAGGCCACUCCCGGGAAUGUCCCAGUGCCUGAAACCAGGAUGACCACGGGGAUGGAGAACAUGCAGGUUGAUGUGGAGCCUGGAAAUAACAAAGAAAAGAAACAGAGGUUCACAAACGCAACACUCUUCCUGCGAAAGCAGGUGAUUAAAGGAAAGGUUGAAAAUUCAGAAAGAACAGGAAAUACCAGCAGACUCAGACCAGGCUUAUUUAUUAGACCUGGGCAAAAAAGACCACAUGGGAUGCUUCUCAAACCCGGUACACUACCAGAUAUCACAAGAAGACCUUAUGGUCCAGGAUUAAAACAUUUAAAUUCUUCCCAGAUAGGAGUGAAAGGGAGGAUUCUAGUGCCUUCUUCAAACAGGUCAAUAACACGGUAUCCACUGAGACCGAAUGUAAACUCACCUUAUCCCGUUUCCAAUGGUAAACCAUUGGCGCUGACAAUGAAAGAGACAAGAUCUCAGAAAGGAAACAUUGAAACCAUUUUUAGAAUGGAAUCUGUCGAGACCCCCAGAAAUGACACAUCAGCCCCAUCUGCCACCCCACCGCCUUUCACAAAUGUCACUGAAUCAACUGAAGAGCCUACAAUUACAACAGAAAAAAACAUAACAGCCUAUAUAAAUGGGACAAAAUGUGUUCGGAAGGUUUUGGUUGGGUACAGGAAGAUACACGGAAACAUGCCCGAUGGCAAUGUGCUGUCUAAAAACCUGACAGUUGUAGUUGGCCAUGUAAAUGGAAAUGAGCUCUUGCAUAAACUUCUGAUAGGCAGGUCCACAGUCAAUGAAAGGGGGAUUAUAGGGCUGGACGAGGCUCAACAUAAAGAGCAAGAGACUUCUGAGGCGAGAAGGAGUGUGAAAGAGCAAGAAGGAGAGGUUGAUGAAGAGGUGGAUGAAAACAAUGCAAACACCACUCCCUAUUCAUUGAGAGAGCCUGAGACAUCACUGUACCUGUCCCUCACCACCACAUCUCCUCACAUCUCCACAUCAGCUCAACCUGAGAGAGUGAAUAAACAGCCGACAGCAGAAAGAGCCCCGAGAAAAAACAUUAUCCAGGCAUCUUCAUUAUCAAUUCCAGGACAGCCAACUAGACACAAACCAUUAGUAGGUAGACCACUUUUUAGAUCAGCAUACUAUUCAUCAUCUUCAGAGAUGCAAAAAGAUAAGCGUCCAUCUUGGCCUAGUCCCAAUGCCUCUGGUUUUGCAAAAGAACCCCUCGGAGAGAUGAAAGUGCCGAAUUCAAGACUUCCAGCCACAAGAGAAAUCCAAGAUUCAACUCCUGAACUUGCUCACAAGUCAAGCACUGAGACGACUUCAUUACCAGUCAAAAUCCUCUUGAAACCAGACACUGCAAUAAAAAACAGAGGCGUUGAUGCAUUGCAUCUGAUGCCAUUUCGUCGGAAGGGUUCCCUUCCUCAUCGUCCCAACGCCAGUCCUUUUCAAAACCGUACAAGGCCAGUUCUAGAGCCGCCUCAACGCCCUUCCCGGGGACCCAUAAGACGGGUUUUCCCUUCAAAACCGAUUAUGAGAAACAACAGGACUAUCAGCCAAGCCAGCCCUAUCCAACCUGUAAAACCUGCCUUAACCCCCGCUAAAGAAAAUGGCACUAGUAUUAGGAUUAGACCGAAUGCAGUAAUCAACAGGACCAGUGGGGCCGCCAGUAGACGUCCAGCCAACAGACAUUCCCAAAUACAACACAGUGGUACCACUCGAGUGGGCCCGAACAUCAGUCAGCAUGGAAAAGGAAACUCUGAUAGCUCUUUUUCCACAGACCAUCUAAUGGAAAACGAUAAUAAGACUCGGGAAUAUGUGUUGAGCGAAACAGAUGGCUCCAUUGAGCAUGUGGGGGUCAACAAUGCCACGUCAACAGGGUUUGUACUAACAUGGGCUGCACCGAAAGAAAAGUUCAAACACUUUGUAAUCACUCAAACUGAGCUUGGACCAGAAAACAAAGAAAAGGAUGAGAUGGAAAAAGAUGAAGAGACGAAUGAAGAGGAAGAAGUUGAUGAUGGGAUGGCACUUAAGACAGCAGCAGCAAAGAAAAAUAGUUUGAGCAAAGGAAAAGCUGAACUUGUACCCAAUGUACAGAGAGCAAAGAUGAGCAAGAGUGGAGGAAACUUGACUACAGUUGUUCCUGGAUCGGCCCGUUCACACCAAAUGACGAAUCUAAGCCCACAGACCAGGUACUCUGUGUCCAUCUUUGGGAAGGGACCUGCGUUUCGCUCCAAAAAACACAACCUCAUCAUUCAUACAGGCCCGGAGCCUCCGUCUGAUCUUGUCUUCAGCGAUGUGACCGACAGCUCUUUCACCGUGUCUUGGACCAAACCCAAGAGCAAGGUGUCUGGAUUCAAGAUCACACACACUCAAGUACAAGAAGGUGAGCCGAUCUCUGUUAGCGUAAACUCAGAAACGCUCCGUCUGGAUCUCUCGUCGAUGUCACCCGGCUCCACCUAUGAAGUCAGCGUGAUGUCUGUGCUUGGACAAGACGAAAGCGACUCCAUCAAAGGCACUGUAACCACCUUGCCUGAUGCUCCAACAGACCUGAGGGCCAUAAAUGUCACCGACAGCAAAGCGCUACUGCUGUGGAGACCCGCCCUGGCAACCGUCGACCAUUACAUCAUAGUGUACAGUUCAGACACAGCACCUGGGUCUGGAAUAACCAUCAAAGUCUCUGGCAACGCAGUAGAACAGCAGCUGCAGGCCCUGCAAUCCUCCACGCAGUACAGUGUGAGCGUUCAGAGCCGAAGGGGAGACCUGAGCAGCUCCAGAGCGACUGCAGUCUUCAGCACCACAGGUGCUGGUAAAAUAGUGGAUGGUCCUCGUGAUCUGAAGGCCAGUCAGGUGACGCCUCGUACCGCAGUGUUGUCAUGGAAACCACCUGUAUCAGCCAUCACUGGUUACAAGCUGAGCUACUACACGGACAGCCAGGACAUUAAGGAAGUCAUUGUUGAGCCCACAUUGACGGAGCUGAAGCUAAGCAGGCUGAAGCCGUCGUCCACAUACACGGCUCGUCUGCGGGCCGUGAGCGGCGGUCUGGAGUCUGUGACCAUCUCCACAGAGUUCAGCACUGGGAAUCUCCGGUUCCCAUUUCCCACUGAUUGUUCCCAGGAGCAGCAGAACGGAGUGCUGGAGUCAGGAAUCGUGGAGCUGUUUCCGCAGGGCAGGGAGGGAAAACCAGUGAUGGUUUACUGUGACAUGGAGACGGAUGGAGGCGGCUGGAUGGUAUUUCAGCGAAGAAAGGAUGGAAAGACAAACUUCUUCAGGAGCUGGCGGGAAUACAGUAGUGGAUUCGGAGCGCUGGAUGGGGAAUUCUGGCUCGGAAACGAGCUGCUUCAUAACUUCACUAAGAUGAGUCCAAUGACCCUCAGAAUCGACCUGAGAGCAGGAGGCGAGUCCGUUUACGCACGUUAUUCCUCGUUCUCCGUGGAAAAUGCAAAAAAACACUACACCAUCAGAGUCUCGGGAUACUCUGGCACAGCCGGCGACUCGAUGUCGUAUCAUAACGGCCGGCCGUUCUCCACGCGGGACAGAGACCCUCAACCGUUCAUCACGCGCUGUGCCAUGUCUUACAGAGGCGGCUGGUGGUACAAGAACUGCCAUGAGGCAAACCUCAACGGCCUGUACAACACCAACAAAAACCACCAGGGAGUGAUCUGGACUGAGUGGAAAGGCAAGAAUUUCUCCAUCCCCUUCACCGAGAUGAAAUUCCGUCCCGCUUCAUUCCGGCCCUAAUGAGGGAGAGACGGGACGAGGCGAACGCUCUCCCUUCAUGGACAAACAUCUACACAUGCUCACUGAAAAGCAUCAUUAUUGCACGUAUAUCCUCACCAUCAUCACCACAUAUACACACGUACUCCACCUGAAAUGCGUCAGGGCUGUUUAUGUGUAGCCCGUAUAUUGUAUUGUACAGUUGUUGGAUUGUCUGUGCGUCGUGACGCUCCGCAGCAGCUGUAGGAAAUAUUAUGCACUGCCUUCUUCACUACGAUCAAGCUGCGGACCGGAGUCACGUAUAUCAGCUUGAACUGUCAAGAGUCAUAUUGCAUUGUAUGUAACAUAUUUCAGUGUCAUUCAGAAUGAUUUCAUAAAAUAAAAUAAAAAAGCUGUAA